UUGAAUGGCCGGCAUGUCGAUUUGAAAAGCUUUUUUCGUCAAGAAAACGUCCGAUUUGGGACUUGAAAAGCAGACAUGGUAAAACUAACAGCAGAAUUAAUAGAACAAUCGGCCCAAUACACAAACCCCAUUCGUGAUAGAGAGUUGGAUUUGAGAGGUUACAAAAUUCCAGUUAUUGAAAAUUUGGGUGCUACAUUGGACCAGUUUGACACAAUCGAUUUGUCUGAUAAUGACAUAAGAAAAGUUGAUGGAUUCCCUUUACUUUUACGGCUUAAAACUGUACUAUUGAACAACAACAGAGUAGUAAGAAUUGGUGAGGACCUACAUGAAUGUCUUCCCAACUUGGACACAUUGGUUCUCUCAAACAACAGUAUGGCAGAGUUAGGGGAUCUAGACCCACUCUCCAGUCUUAAAUCUUUACGACACCUAAGUUUACUUAGAAACCCUGUCCAAUCAAAGAAACACUACAGAUUAUACGUCAUUCACAAGAUCCCCCAGUUACGUGUUUUAGACUUCCAGAGGAUCAGACAAAAGGAAAGAGAAGCAGCUGCUAAAAUGUUCAAAGGCAAAAAAGGGCAGGCCCUGGCCACUGAUAUUGGAAAACGCAGUAAAACAUUUGUUCCCGGAGAAAAGAUUCCCGAAAAGAAGACAGGGCCAUCCAAAGAGGAUAUUAAUCUUAUCAAGAUGGCAAUAGCCAAAGCAAAAACAUUGAAUGAAGUUGAGAGAUUAAAUCAGAUGCUGAAGACUGGAAUUAUUCCAGGAAAAGAACUGAAAAGACUCAGAGGGGAAAACACUGAGGAGGAAGAUGAAGAUAUGGAGGUGGUGAAUGGCACCUAAGGAGGAGGAAGAUAAUCACCGCACACAGCUACAUAAUGUAAAUAGAGAAUUUCACCAGGUCAACCCAUCAAUUCAUCCUUAAUCACAUGUUAAGAUAUAAUUUUGCCUUGAUUGGUCAGAUACUGAACACUGAUAAGAACAGAGAACUACUACUAUUGUCAAUGAUCCAUUAAAGGCUGAGAAAGAUA